AUGAAGCUCCUCUUCGCCUUGCUGCUCUGCUCUCUUCUCCUGACCUCCAUCUUCAUGGAGCCUGUCCUCGCCAAGCCAGCAUUCUGCGAGAGCAAGUGCAGGGCGAGGUGCGCGAAGGCGAAGGUCAAGGCGAGGUGCGCCAAGUACUGCAACAUCUGCUGCGCCGAGUGCAAGUGCGUGCCCUCCGGCACCUACGGCAACAAGCACCAGUGCCCUUGUUACCGCGACAAGAAGAACUCCAAGGGCAAGCCCAAAUGCCCUUGAAGCUUCUUGAUCCUUGAGGACAGCUCCUCUUGUCCUC